UCCAUCUUUGGCGUUCGACUCUUCAAAUUUCUCCAAAUAUCGGAAAUCGAGGGAAGCCCCUCUCUCCAUCCCUCCUCUCUCUCGCGCGGGGUGUCUCACCAUCCCUCCUCUCUCUCUCGCGGGGUGGUUUCUACCAUGGAUUCCUGGUUGCAGAAGGCGAGGAGCCUGGCAGAGGAGGCCGCAAAGAGGUCACAGGAGCUGACUAAGGAGGCGGCGAAGCUAUCUCAGGGCAUCGCCUCGGAGACGGCUAAGCGAUCGAAGGAAUUUGCAGUGGAGGCCACCAAGCGCGCCGAUCUGAUCAAGGCCGAGGCCCUCAAGCUUCCCGAUCAGAUCAAGACCCUCGCUGACGGCAUCACCCCUCAGAUCCCCACCCUUUCGCCCGCCUCCGCUCCACCGCCGGACCUCGAGAAGUACGGCAUCACCGAUGAGCUCCGCGAGUUCGUUAAGGGCCUCACUAUCAGCACCUUCCGUGAUUUCCCGCUCGAAGAUGAACCACAAGCAUCAGAUGUACCCACCGUUUCCAAUGUUAGACAGGAUUUGACAGAAUGGCAAGCAAGGCAUGCUACUCUUGUGCUUUCUACUGUCAAGGAAAUUUCUCAUUUCAGAUAUGAGCUGUGUCCACGCCAUAUGAAAGAGAGAUGCUUUUGGAGAAUAUAUUUCACACUUGUACAAAGUCAUGUUGCACCGUAUGAGAAAGCUUUCAUGGAUGAAGUACAGUUCAGAUCCACAGAGCAGGACAAGGACGUUACGCCACGAGCAAAUCAACCUGUAACUACACCUUCUAAUCCUGAAAUAUCAGAGUCAUCAAGCCAGCGUAAGGUGCCUACAGAGAAUGACCUGGACGCAUUUCUUUUGGGAGAUUUGGGAAGCAGUGAUGAGGAAGCAGAUGGUGAUGGUGGUGGUUUUGAUGAUGAUGAUGACCUGGACAGUAUUGUGAAUGCCUCUUCGAGUAAAAGGUCUUAGCAAGCGAGGAUGGUGCUGGAUCAGAAUCAUCUAGGGCUCAAAGCGUGCAAUGUAUGUUGAAGCCUCUGGCACAGAAUCCAUUCCGCCUGCAGAGGCAUCUCUUGCAAAUAUUCAUCAGUUGUGCUUUUAAAUCACAAUAAGGUGUUAGGAUUUUCCGUGUAGCUAAACAUGAAGCUUUAGUUGAUGGACUAGUUCCAAGUCCAUGAUUUGUGCAUACUUUAUGAAUUAAUGAAGCUAUUCUUUUGAUGUCAA